AUGUAUUAUCAUCUUCCGAGUGAGGUCCAUUUGGAUGUUCUAAAAUGCCUCAACUUUAAUCAGUUAUUUUCUGUUAAACAAGUCAAUCGCUACUUUCUUUGGUUUAUUGACAAAUAUGAGGGGGAAUUGGCUCGCAAAUUUUUUAAUUAUAUGGGACCGGUAAUUUUUCUAAUUAUUCUUAGAGUUUUCCCUUCUUUAGAUCAUGCAUGCCGAGUGUAA